AUGGCCAGGAGUUUCAAUUUUCAGAUUGACAAUGUGGUCUCUUCAUUUGUUGUCCUCUACUGGGACACUUUUCUCUAUGGACAGCUGACUGUUACAGCAGUUUCUAAAGGGAAGAUAUUUUUGGAAAAUCAAAUUUUGUGCAAGGGGAUCAAUGUGUUUGUAAUAGCACACAUGAAGGAAGGUGAAGCCAACUGUUUACUACUACUAGUAAGAAAAAGAGCGUGCAGUAUUCGAAGGUGCUGCGGGAGACGCGUGCUCCGCAAAGCCUCCGAAUGUUCAUUCCAAGCCCAUGAGGGCCGUAAGCCGCGCCCCCAGGCUGGCAGGUCCACCGGCAGGGCGGGUCGAGCGCUGCGCUGCAGCCUAUCGGGCAGAGGUGUCAGAGGUUCUUGGAGCUCUCUCUCCGUCCCCUGGCGGCCGCCCCCUUCUCCUGGCAGCGGGACGGCGGUGGGGCCGCGGGCGCAGGUGGUAGCGCCAGCGCGGGGAUGUGCCGAGCACGCUCUGCGCGGCCGCGGCGCUCUGCUGGCAGCCGGGCGGGCCGAGCACGUACUCCUGGUAGUCGUCGUCCGCCCUGACCGUGUGCAGGAUGCGGCCGAAGCGCUGCCUGCAGAGCGGGCAGGCGGCGCGCACGGCAGCCCACUGCCGGAUGCAGGCGAAGCAGAAGGUGUGCAGGCAGGUGUCCACGUGCGCCGCGUUGUCCACGGCGCCCAGGCAGAUGGAGCACAGCCCGGCUGCCGCUGCCUCCCGCUGCCCCCCGCUCGUGGCGGCCGGCGCGGCGGAGCCGCUCUCCUGCAGAGCCUCCGCGGCACCGGGCGCCAUGGGCUGCCAAGAGACGGGGCAAGUGCCGGAGCUUCUCUGGCGCCGGGAACCGGGCAGCAGAGAACCCAGAGCAUAAAAGACAGCUGUAGCUUCUGUAUUCAGUGACCAAAUGGAUUUCACAUUUCGCCAAGAAAGCCAUCGUGACUUGAAUCAGCAG